AUGAUCCAAGCAACAAAGUAUAUCAACACUCGUGUAGACGAAGGGAGGUUCGGUGAAGCGUCAGGCGAUGUCUACUUGGUGGAGAGUAUAUGGAAGCUUCUCACCGAUGUGGAAGAUCUCCACCUCCUGAUGGACCCCGAGGACUUCCUCAAGUUAAAGAAGCAGCUACACAUCAAGACGGCCGGUAAAAACGACGCGUUUUGGUUUAGGUCGAGAGGUUUGGUGGAGGUGAUGAAGAUGUCUAAAGGUUUGAGGGAGAAAGUGCCGUUUGUGCUUGGCGUUGAGGUGGAUCCCACGGGAGGACCGAGGCUGCAAGAGGUGGCGAUGAGGCUUUACGCGAGAAAGAGAGAGGAGUGCGAUAAGAUUCAUUUGCUUCAAGGGAUGCAAGGUGUGGAAGCUGCGGCGAAGAGGUUCUUCUUCGCGUAUAAGCAGGUGGUUAACGCGGUGAUGGGAAGCGCGGAGAUGAACACGGAGUGUGACUCGGUGAGGUAG